CACACACAAGGCUCCAUCUUGGCAGCUCUUUACCAUUGCAAUAGAACAGCGUCAGUAUAUAUUCUGUUCAGAUAAAUAAUAACAAUAAAAAAAGAUAGGAUACAAAAGACUCUCUGUUGUAAUGUACAGUAAUCCGGCAGGCGUUAUUCACGCGCACUGAGAGAACGACGACCAGAAUGCGUUACAGACACCGACUGGUCAUGAAGACUGUUUAACGACCUCUUGCACUAUCAGCGCUACUGGAUCGGAUCUGUGGAAAAACAACAGCUACCAUAUUGAAAUGGCUUGCUGCAAUUUGAAGGUGCUUUUCAUAUUGCUCAUCAUCUGUCUAUGGAUGGACGGAGGAUUCACCAAAGAAAAGUCGACAAAGAAGGGAAAGAAGAAAGGAAAACAGGUUUACUGUCCUUCGCAACUGUCAUCAGAGGACCUGGCACGGGUUCCGGCAAAUUCUACCAGUAACAUCCUUAACAGGCUUUUGAUCACCUAUGACCCUAGAAUUCGGCCCAACUUCAAAGGGAUUCCUGUUGAAGACCGUGUAAACAUAUUCAUCAACAGCUUUGGGUCCAUCCAAGAGACCACUAUGGACUAUCGUGUAAACAUCUUCUUGAGACAGCGCUGGAACGACCCCAGACUCCGACUUCCUCAAGACUUCAAGUCUGACUCACUGACCGUGGACCCAAAGAUGUUCAAAUGCCUGUGGAAACCAGACCUUUUCUUUGCCAACGAAAAAAGUGCAAACUUUCACGAUGUUACACAGGAGAACAUCCUGCUCUUUAUCUUCAGAAAUGGAGACGUCCUCAUCAGCAUGAGGUUGUCAGUGACCUUGUCUUGUCCACUGGACCUGACCCUCUUCCCUAUGGACACCCAGAGAUGCAAAAUGCAGCUUGAGAGCUUUGGCUACACCACAGAUGACCUUCAGUUCAUGUGGCAGUCUGGGGACCCCGUACAGAUGGAAGAAAUCGCUCUGCCCCAGUUUGAUAUUAAGCAAGAGGACAUUGAAUAUGGCAACUGCACCAAGUUCUAUGCAGGGACAGGUUACUACACGUGUGUGGAGGUGAUCUUUACUCUGAGGAGGCAGGUUGGCUUCUACAUGAUGGGUGUGUAUGCUCCCACCCUGCUUAUCGUUGUUCUCUCCUGGCUCUCCUUUUGGAUCAACCCUGACGCCAGCGCUGCUCGUGUGCCUCUGGGGAUCCUGUCAGUGCUCUCUCUCUCUUCUGAGUGCACAUCUCUGGCCUCUGAACUGCCUAAAGUCUCAUAUGUAAAGGCCAUUGACAUCUGGCUGAUUGCCUGCCUGCUCUUUGGCUUUGCCUCUCUGGUUGAAUAUGCUGUGGUUCAGGUGAUGCUUAACAGUCCUAAACGCCUGGAGGCGGAGAGGGCAAAGAUUGCCAGCAAGGAGAAGGCGGAGGGAAAGACCCCUGCCAAGAACACCAUCAAUGGCAUGGGAAGCACCCCGAUACAUGUCAGUACACUUCAGGUGACAGAGACAAGGUGCAAAAAGGUAUGCACCUCCAAGUCGGAUUUGCGCUCCAAUGACUUCAGCAUUGUAGGCUCUCUCCCACGGGACUUUGAACUCUCAAACUUUGACUGCUACGGGAAACCCAUUGAAGUCGGCUCUGCUUUCGGCAAAUUGCAAGCCAAGAACAACAAGAAACCACCACCUCCUAAACCUGUCAUCCCCUCAGCAGCCAAACGCGUUGAUCUGUAUGCCCGUGCACUCUUCCCUUUCUCCUUCCUUUUCUUUAAUGUCAUUUACUGGUCUGUGUAUUUGUGAUUGUGUAAAAUGUAGCCUGCUGAUCUUCAACUAACCUUUCCUACCUUUAUCUUGUCUCUGUCUCUACAAUUUGUACCGUACCUCAGGCAUCACACAUUACAGUUCCAUAACCACUGAUUUAAAGACUAAAGAGAGAAGCUAUUGGGAGCUUUUGUAAUGGUGAACAAAAGCAACUUUUUUGUAAAUGGGAAGGGCGAAGGCAUUGCUUGAAACAUCGCUCAACAAGAUUUACUUGUUUUCAGCUUUGAUAUUUAAUUUAUUCUCAAAAUUAAAAGAUUAUUAAAAGAAAUUAUUAUCUUGCAUGUGGAAAUGGAAUAUAUCCAUAUUAAUAUAUUGUAUUUAAAAUAUAUAUAAUAUUAUUUUUGACUUACUGAUCAGCUGUAAAGAUGGUGAUACAUUUGUACUGACAAACACUGCCAUAAGUCUAUUAAUGAUGUUCCUAUUACAAGCAUUCCAAUUACAAGCAAGUGCAUAAAGCAGAGAAAACAAUAUCUCCUGUGCUUGUGAAAACAUCCACCAAUAAAUGGCCAAAUGUCUUA